CUACUGCCUCACAAGCCCGGGCUUUAGUGGCACUGGCAUACGCGCUUGCAUCUGCACUGAAGGAGCCACCGAACGCGUCCGCGUUGCAGCUCUCACUUUCUCCCGCUACAGUAUGUCCUACAAUGACAUAUUUGGUGGGGAUUGGCAGCCAACAAUAGGAUUGGAUUGGGACUAAAUCAAAGAAUAAAACGACAUUGAAAUGAAUAUUAUUAACAAAUAUUUCCCAGCAGAUUUUGGGUUCAACCUAAGGCUGACUAGGACAGAUCAAUCAACUUGAUCCGACACAGUAAGCCUACAUGUCAUACGUAAGUAAAUCCACAAGAGAGACAAUAUUGCAAAGGCAGGACCAUGUUCGAUGGAAGGCGUAGGGGUAGGCAAUCGAAAACGUUUGACGGGGAAAUUUCUGUCAAUAUUAGCUAGUCCUACUGAGUGGGCAAGUAACCUUUCCCGCGCUCUUCCUAAAAAUACUAUUUGUGAUGUCAUAAAGGUCUAACGUUCCAUGACGUAGCAUGUAGCCCUAAAUUACAGUCCCUGCUUGCAAUAUUGUCCUCACUCUCGACCUGAACUCAACUUGAAUGUAACCAACACAGACAAGGAAAUGCUUUUUGAGAUAUAAAAUAGCUUGAAUGGAUGAAGAAAGGGUAUGCUAAAUUACUUCAUGCAAUAUUGGGGGAAAGUAAAAAAGGGUAAAGCAAUAUAAGCGGAUAUUUCUUGUAAAAAGCUAUAACAUAUUGUAAAGCAAAUGUACCAUUCUUUAUAAAGUCACCAGCUUAGCGCUGAUAUGGCUGUAGCUCUAUUUAUGAUGUCCUCUGCACAGAUCUACUCUGACAUUGACAUAUUAUUACUUAUUGGAAUGUCUGUCCUUCAGGUAGCACAGAGGGAGGAUGGUGAUCCUCAGAGGGAAGGAAAGGAAGUUGUUGAGGAAGAACCGGUGGCCACGCCCAAAGAGGAGGCCAAGAAAGGAAGGAAGGCAAAAAGUAAGAGGAGUGGCAAGAAGUCAAGGAAGCUGGGCACUGACAACGAUGCAGUCUCCAGGAAUAAACACCUGGAUAGAGGAUCUGUAAUUGAGCUCCUGGAGAAGAAAGCUGUUAAGGCUGCAUUCGGCCCAGGCAACAAGGAUGAGAUGGAAUACUCCUACCCAAUCCUCAUCUCAUUCCUGCGCAAUCUUACUGAUGAGCAGUGGCAAGUGAUCUACAAAGGACUAAAAAACCCUAUGACGAAGGAACAGCUUGCCAAAUUGUGCAAGACAAUUGUAACCUUCAUCGCACAGACCACCCUGCAGAUCCUGCUGCCAGCCCUGGCCCGCGUACUUGGGGUAAAGGACUUUGCUGACGACGACACUGACUCACCCAAGAGGGGUGGCAGUGCAAGAUCCUUUGCUGCCUUUGAUCAGGAAAGACUGGAGCUCAUCCAGGAAGUUAGAUAUCUGGCGAAGAAAAUGUAUAAGGGCGGCACAGGGGCUCAACAUCUCAGGUCCCUAACACCCUCUUCUAAGAGGUAUGUUCCCCUCAAGGUUUUCAUGUAUGGAUUUCACCAAGAUCAUCUAUCCCAGUGUUAGCCAAUGCAAUUUACUCUAUCU